GUGGUCCAAGACAAUUCCUGGGAAGGUUGAAUUCUUCUCUAGUGAAGGUUCAGACACAUCUCUACCAAUUCCAAUAGUGCCACUACGGGGCGUGGAUGACUCCUACCCUCCCCAGAAGAAGUCUUUCAUGAUGCUCAAGUACAUGCAUGACCACUACUUGGACAAGUAUGAAUGGUUUAUGAGAGCAGAUGAUGAUGUUUACAUCAAAGGAGAUCGUCUGGAGAAUUUUCUGAGGAGUUUGAAUAGCAGCGAGCCCCUCUUUCUUGGGCAGACAGGACUGGGCACUACAGAAGAAAUGGGAAAACUGGCCCUUGAGCCUGGUGAGAACUUCUGCAUGGGGGGGCCUGGUGUGAUCAUGAGCCGGGAGGUACUUCGGAGAAUGGUACCACACAUUGGCAAGUGUCUCCGGGAAAUGUACACCACCCAUGAGGACGUGGAGGUGGGAAGAUGUGUCCGGAGGUUUGCAGGGGUGCAGUGUGUCUGGUCUUAUGAGAUGCAGCAGCUUUUUUAUGAGAAUUAUGAACAGAACAAAAAGGGGUACAUUAGAGAUCUCCAUAACAGUAAAAUUCACCGAGCCAUCACAUUACACCCCAACAAAAACCCACCCUACCAGUACAGACUCCACAGCUACAUGCUCAGCCGCAAAAUAGCCGAACUUCGUCAUCGCACAAUACAGCUCCACCGAGAAAUCGUCCUGAUGAGCAAAUACAGCAACACCGAGGUUCAUAAAGAAGACCUCCAGCUGGGAAUUCCUCCUUCCUUUAUGAGGUUUCAGGCCCGCCAACGAGAGGAGAUUCUGGAAUGGGAGUUUCUGACUGGGAAAUACUUGUAUUCAGCGGCUGACGGCCAGCCCCCUCGAAGGGGCAUGGACUCCGCUCAGAGGGAAGCCUUGGACGACAUUGUCAUGCAGGUCAUGGAGAUGAUCAACGCCAACGCCAAGACCAGAGGGCGCAUCAUCGACUUCAAGGAGAUCCAGUACGGCUAUCGUCGGGUGAACCCCAUGUAUGGGGCCGAGUACAUCCUGGACCUGCUGCUUCUGUACAAAAAGCACAAAGGGAAGAAGAUGACGGUUCCUGUGAGGAGGCACGCAUAUUUACAGCAGACUUUCAGCAAGAUCCAGUUUGUGGAGCACGAGGCAUUGGACGCAAAGGAAUUGGCCAAGAAAAUCAAUCAAGAGUCUGGAUCCUUGUCCUUUCUCUCGAAUUCCCUGAAGAAGCUUGUUCCCUUUCAGCUCCCUGGGUCGAAGAAUGAGCACAAAGAACCCAAAGAUAAAAAGAUAAAUAUACUGAUUCCUUUGUCUGGACGUUUUGAUAUGUUUGUGAGAUUUAUGGGAAACUUCGAGAAGACGUGUCUUAUCCCCAAUCAGAACGUCAAGCUCGUUGUUCUGCUCUUCAAUUCCGACUCCAACCCCGACAAGGCCAAACAAGUUGAACUGAUGAGAGAUUACCGCAUUAAGUAUCCCAAAGCCGACAUGCAGAUUUUGCCUGUGUCUGGGGAGUUUUCGAGAGCGUUAGCCCUGGAGGUCGGAUCCUCCCAGUUUAAUAACGAGUCUUUGCUCUUCUUCUGCGAUGUCGACCUCGUGUUCACUACAGAAUUCCUUCAGCGAUGCCGAGCAAAUACAGUUCUGGGCCAACAGAUAUAUUUUCCAAUCAUCUUUAGCCAGUAUGACCCAAAGAUUGUUUAUAGUGGGAAAGUUCCCAGCGACAACCAUUUUGCCUUUACUCAAAAAACUGGCUUCUGGAGAAACUAUGGGUUUGGCAUCACUUGUAUUUAUAAGGGAGAUCUUGUCCGAGUGGGCGGCUUUGAUGUUUCCAUCCAAGGCUGGGGGCUGGAGGAUGUGGACCUUUUCAACAAGGUUGUCCAGGCAGGUUUGAAGACAUUUAGGAGCCAAGAGGUAGGAGUAGUCCAUGUCCACCAUCCUGUCUUCUGUGAUCCCAAUCUUGAUCCCAAACAGUACAAGAUGUGCUUGGGGUCCAAAGCAUCAACAUAUGGGUCUACACAGCAGUUGGCUGAAAUGUGGCUAGAAAAAAAUGAUCCAAGUUACAGCAAAAGCAGCAAUAAUGGCUCAGUGAGGACAGCCUAAUGUCCAGCUCUGCUGGAAAAGACGUUUUUAAUUAUCUAAUUUAUUUUUCAAAAAUUUUUUGUAUGAUCAGUUUUUGAAGUCCAUACAAGGAUAUAUUUUACAAGUGGUUUUAUUACAUAGGACUCCUUUAAGAUUG